UCUAAAAGUGGGAACAAGAGAAACUGAAUCACAGAAGACCGUGAUGGCUUUACUUGGACUUCUUGUAUCCUUGAGCAUCUUGUCUGCGGUGUCUGCUUUCUUGAUUAGUGAGUCUUUGACAUAUAUCACUAAAGGAAGAAAUAAGAACGGCACAUUCCAGGUGGAAUUUCAAUACGAAGCGGCUUCUUUUGACUCGGAUAAUCUACCGACUUUCAAGUACUGCUACAAUGACGUUUGCGACCAGACGAUGGGCGUUCAAAUACAAAAUGUAAUAUCCAUCAAUUCAUACAUCGGCACAGUGACUUUGUUAGGAGGAUCCACAGUGAUAAACGCGGUCAGUGACAAACCGUUUGAUGUGAGCUUUACUGGCUGCUGUUUGUUAGACAACGAACCUAAUACCAAAUUGCAGUUUUUGAAUCACGUGGACCUGGGCGUGCGAUCUGACACUGGACUUCCCAACAGACCUCCGAUUGCAGCAUCAUUUCUAUAUAUCAGUAUCCCAGAUAGCUGUCCCUCAACUUUCAAGCUGGUGGCAAUUGACCCCGAUGGAGAUCGUUUAAAAUGUCAGUAUGGACAGCCCAUCAAUAAAGAGAGCAAUGGCUACAAUCACAUUUCUGGCAUCACUGUAAAUGAGACAACAUGUGAACUUUCAUUUAGUGGCUCAGUGCAAUUUUCAGGCUUUCUUGAACUCGUCAUUGAGGAUUUCCCUCAACAGAACAUUACAUUAACAUACAGUGAUGGGUCCUCUGUGAGUCUUACAAAUGACCCUCUAAGUAAAAUACCACUCCAGGUUUACUACACUUUUAAUUUUGGGUCCAGCUGUGACUUGAGCGGUUAUAUACCUCUAUUUUUGAAUUCUACUCCUCUAAAUGAUGAAAGAAAAACUGCAGUUGUUGGUAGUCAAUUUGAGUUCAACAUCCGUGCACAUGCAUCACUGACAGAUGUUUCCAGUAUAGUGGUUACUGCCGCAGUGAAUCUGAACAAAUCAUUCCAGUUUGAUGCCAUCACAAAAACUGGCAGUGCAGUUGUAACGUGGACGCCAUCUGAAAAUGACGUGGGCAACAAUGUAGUGUUUUGGUUUGUGGCUUGGACUGUAGAUGGGUAUCAGUCUGAGACGAGAUGCAUAUUUGUAACUGUAGUGCCCAAAACUCCCAUUGACAGCAACACGACGACUGUGAGACCCAGUCUGAACAUCGAAGCUAACGUUGUGUGCACUGAGACGACGAUGAGCCUCUUUGUGCUGAAGUCUUCAGUCCCAGGCCUUAAUGAACAUAACUUGCGCCUUAAUGACCCCAGCUGCACCUUGACGUCUAAUUCAAGUCAUCUGAUUGCCAGUUUGUCUUUGAACUCCUGUGGCACACAAAUUCAGGAUAAUGGCACUGCCAUAAUUUUCCAAAAUGAAAUUUCAGCUUUUGAUUAUCCCAAUCAAAUUAUAAGCACAGUAAACCAGAUGGAGAUUCCCUUCAGUUGUGCUUAUCCAAAAACGGGUCAAGCGUCUGCUUCAUUUAGCCCUCACAAGGCCGACUAUGUGUUCUCUGAAGCCGGCUUUGGGACCUUCACCUUCAUGUUUGAGUUUUAUAACAGCAACGACUUCACAAGCAUCAUCGACCCCAGCAAGUACCCAGUCAAGGUGGAACUCGGGCAGAUGUUGUACGUGGGCAUCAGUGUCAAGUCAUCGCUGGAGAACAUCAAGCUGUUUGUUGACACAUGCCGGAGUACGCCUCAUGAUGACCCCAAUGACUCCAUCUAUUAUGAUAUCAUUUCAAAUGGGUGUGUUAAAGAUGAUAGUGUAAUAAUCUUUCCCACCAAUGAGACUCAAUUUAACUUUGGACUGGAAUCCUACAAUUUUAUUGGCAGUUACCCCCAGGUGUUCAUCACCUGCAGUGUCAUUCUGUGUGAAGCCGACAGUCCAGACACCCGAUGCUCUCAGGGCUGCAUUGAGAGCUCAAAUAUCCCAAAUAUCCCAAGCAGGAAGAGGAGGUCAUUGUCUUUGGAGAGCCAGAAACACUUCAUUUCCCAAGGACCCCUCUACCUUGCUGGGAAGACUCAAUACAAUAACAAUUUAGGACAGAAUCUGAAUCUGAAUACGGUGGUUAUAGCAGUGGCAUUCAUUGUAGCAGUGGCUAUUUUUUCUGGUGCCCUGGUUUACAAGGCGAAAAUGUCAAAGGUGGUCAGAUAUGAAAGCCUUCCUUCAUCAGGUUUUUGAAUAUCUUGACAAUGGCGUUUCACUGGAGCAGAUUUCUGAUGUGAAAUAAGAGUGAAAAGGCGCCCUCAGCUUCAAUAUAAAUGUACGUGGCGAUAAUUACACUGAAAUCAGGGUCAGUUUUAAAGAUGGAAAAUUUAAAAUUAUCGUGAAAUUUGAUUCUUUUCUUUAAUCAAAAAUCAAACACAGACAGUAAAUAUCCUUCCCACUUAUUUCUUCAUGUUUAAUUUCUGCUCAGUCUUUUUAGGGGUUUUUCUUAAUGCUAAAGCUCAACUUUAACUACCAUGUCUACAGAUUGGGUGAGGUGCUGCACUGGUGCAUUGGGGGUCAAUGUAGCCAACAAUGUGGGCACCUCAUUUGAAACUGAAUGGACUUGCACCCUGGUCCAGGGUUGAUUCUUGCCUUGUGCCGGAUACUGUUGGCAUAGGUUUUGCUAUACUGUGCCCUCAGAUUGGAUUACAUGGGUCUUAUAAUGUUAUGUUUGCUAUGUUAGAUUAGACACACUGAAGGUAGUAAAGCACUCUGGUCCCAAUGUGUCAAGUUAGUAUCAGCAACAGAAGUAAAGCAGGCUGUUAAACUCCUUUUCUUUGAUUUUGACUCCAUAUGUUUGAAUGAUGUUGUCUUCUAAGUGUCCUUCUCCUGUCUUCUAACUCAGAUGUUGGCAUUUACUGUCACGUCCUCUGCGUAAUCUCAAGCGAUUUUUUAAAUUAUCACUGUACUGUCUGAACAUCUGAUUAAAAAUUCUGAAAUAUCAAAA